CCAAUCCUCCUUCGAAGACGAGCAGAUUGUUUAUACUUUCUGGCCAGUGACCAUGUUGUCCCCAAAGGUUGAGUCGAGUCGCCACGCCAUUCCUCUGUAGCCGCAGUGACACAUCUCGCCGAGCUGAACUGAGCAUCGACGAUGACGGACUCCUUGUCGGUUGUCGCGGGAGUCACGGUCGUGGUCGUCAUCGCCGUAAUCGCCGUGAUGCUGUGCGUGACCUACAAGCCGUGGAAUCUUAUCACCCAAGCCGGAGGGCCGUCAGAAGCCGUGCCUCUGUCUGACGGAGGUGGAGGAGGCGGCGGCGGCGGAGGAGGAGGAGAUGGAGACGGAGGCGGUGGAGGCGAUGGCGGGGGUGAUGAGGACAAGAAUAAGAAAGACCGCCUGCAGCCCCACAGCCCCAACCCUCAGCCGGGCCGGUCCUCCCCCAGGUCCUCCCCCAGGAAAGGCAGGAAGCGGUGAACGUAGCUUCUCCCACCCAGUCGCAAGGCAAGAGUCGUUUUCUGUCGUGGAAGAUCCGGUCUUGAAAAUUCUCUUCCCACAAGAUAUUGCACAUCCUUGUUGACUCGGUCUUUGAAAAAUGAAGUGUUUAUUAAUUUAGAGUAAUUACAAGACAUACCAUGACAAACGGAUAAACAAACCAAUUAAGAUAACAGGAUAAAUCUAGUCAGUCAUCAUAUGAUUCAUACAUUUUCCUCCAGUAUUAAGAAUGGACUUUAAUCCGUAUUUUCUAUCUACAGUUGCCACAUUUCUUGUAAUUAGCAAAACUAUAGUGAACCAUCCUCAAUAAAGGAUGCAGCAAUAC